CAAGAACCAAACCUGGGGUUGUCAAUAAAUUUGGAUUUCCGGUCUCAUAUUGAAUUUUUGAAUCUUUAUAGUACCAAAUUUUGAAUAUGAAAGUCCCUUUGUUAGUGACACUUUCUUUUUGGCUUUUUGCUUUGGUAGCUGCCAAAAAUGUCUUCGAAUUUACUGGCCUUUCUCAACUCGAAAAUGGAAUUCGCUCUGCUAAAAAAGGCGCAUUGAUUGAGUUUUAUGCUCCCUGGUGUGGUCACUGUAAGAAUCUUCUUCCAGUGUAUGAAGAAUUGGGACAAACAUUUGAGGAGGACGAUGAUAUACUAAUUGGCAAAAUUGAUGCUGACACAUAUGGCGAAGUUGGGAAAAAGUAUCAAAUUCGUGGAUUCCCUACGUUGAUAUGGUACCCAGCUGAUGGCUCGGAUCCUGAACAAUAUUCUCACGCCCGUGAUUUGGAUAGCCUUACACAAUUUGUCUCUGAGAAGACCGGUGUCAAGAAGCUUAAGAAAAAUGCAUUUCCUAGUAGCGUUGUUGAAUUAGAUUCUGCUAGCUUUGAUAAAAUUGUCAUGGAUGACACCAAAGACGUCUUGGUGGAAUUCUAUGCCGACUGGUGUGGUUACUGUAAGCGUUUAGCUCCUACUUAUGAAAAGCUUGCCUCAGUUUUCAAGAAUGAACCAAACGUUGAAAUAGCCAAAGUCAAUGGUGAUAUUUAUGCCGACAUUGGGAUGAAACAUCAAGUCGCUAGCUUCCCUACGAUUAAACUUUUCCAAAAGGGUCGUAAAGACAAGCCUGAUGCUUACAACGGCGAUCGCUCUUUGGAAAGCUUGACUGACUAUUUAAAUGAGAAAACUGGAACCCAGCGUUCUGCCGAUGGCAGCUUAUUGCCCUCAGCAGGCCGAAUUACCAUUCUCGAUGAUUUUGCUUCAGAGUUCGUGGAUAGUUCUCGAGCAGCCAAGGAAGUUGUUUUCGAAAAGGUAAAACAAUUUACCAUGGAAAAUAGAACUCGUUGGACUCAGUACUACAGGAACGUCUUUGAGAAAGCUUUGAAAGAUGAAAGCUGGGUUACCAAGGAAGCAAAGCGCUUAUCCAAAAUUUUACGCCGAAGAUCCAUUGCUCUUGCAAAUGCAGACGAUUUUAAGGCUCGUCUCAACAUUCUCCGUUCUUUUAUAUCUUCUAGAAAUGAUGAUGAACUCUAAUGUUGGAUCAAUAAUGAGCUAGUAGAUUAGAAAUGAAGCAAUAAUGAACACAGAUAUCCAUCGUAUA